CCCAAUCCUGAAGAGAAGUACAAGGAAAGAGAAGAAGCAAUCCCAGAUUCCCAUUUCUUCCCCUUUUCUCUCUUUCUAACUACAAACAUAAAUACAUUACUACAAUUUAGGGUUUGUAUAUAUCUUCCUUGUUUCUUGCAUAGUUUUGGUUGCAAUUUGUGAGAAGUAUAAAGGAUCUAAGACUAACCCAGAAGAAGAAAGGUUAUUGUUGAGUAAAGAUAUAUACUUUCACAGACAUAGAUAUAAACAAGGGCUUGUGACUGCUGAGAAGUGUUGACCAUGGGUAGGGGGAGAGUGGAGCUGAAGAGAAUAGAGAACAAGAUAAAUAGGCAGGUUACGUUUGCUAAGAGGAGGAAUGGACUGCUCAAGAAAGCUUAUGAGCUCUCAGUUCUGUGUGAUGCUGAGGUGGCCCUCAUCAUCUUCUCUAACCGGGGCAAGCUUUAUGAGUUCUGUAGCAGCUCCAACAUGCUCAGGACUCUUGAAAGGUACCAAAGAUGCAGUUAUGGAGCAGUAGAAGUCAGCCACUCAGCCAAAGAGAUUGAGCAAAGCAGCUACAAGGAGUACCUGAAGCUGAAAGGCAAAUAUGAGUCACUACAACGAUAUCAAAGACACCUUCUUGGAGAUGACUUGGGACCGCUAAAUAUAAAUGAUCUCGAACAUCUUGAACAUCAACUAGAAUCAUCCUUGAAGCUUGUAAGGUCCACAAGGACACAAGUUAUGCUGGAUCAGCUUUCUGAUCUCCAAACAAAGGAGAAGUUGUGGCUUGAGGCUAAUAAGGCAUUAGAAAGGAAGCUGGAAGAUAUUUAUGCUGAGAAUCACCUUCAUCAGUCGUGGGGAGGUGGUGGUGAGCAGAGCAAUACAUACAGCCAACAGCAUUCUCAAUCUCAGGGGUUUUUUCAGCCCCUGGAAUGCAGCUCAGGCUUGCAAAUUGGGUACAAUCCUGCAAGUUCAAGCCAAAUAACUGCAGUGACUAAUGCUCAAAAUGUCAGUGGAUUAGUUCCGGGCUGGAUGCUUUGACAAAUUAAUCUCCAGAUCAAUAUUCCAACCCCGGUCCAUUUUCUUUCUAAAGUGAAGAUAUAUGCUGAUGGUUUCCCCUUGUACGUAAGCCUGUAAUAAAUUAUGCAGCUAUCAAUGAUUAAAACGAUAGUAUUUGUCAGUCCAGUCCAACAAGAACGAAUUUAAGUACGAGAUCAGGUAGAUCAUGCUACCUGGUUCUAGUGUUAUAAGAAGGUGUAUUUGACAUCAAGUGUAUUGGCAAACAAAUUUUAUUUCGCAGAGUUAUCUGCGUAAAAUAUGGAGUUCAUUUCGGUGCA